UUCGUGCAUCACUGCGAGUAAUCUUUGUUGCGAGUCAUCGCUGGUGGUGUACUUGAUGGCGACAAUUUUCUUUAUUGUGUAUUUUGCUUGGUGUAAUCACAUUGUUAAAAGUGGUGAUGGAGGCGGUUUACUGUUUAUGUGGACAGCCAUACGACUGUAAUAAGUUUAUGAUUCAGUGUGAUAUUUGCAAAGAUUGGUUUCAUGGAAGUUGUGUCGGUUUGAGGGAGUACCUCUGCAAUGAUCUGGAUAAGUAUCACUGUCCAAGGUGUGAACCCAUCUAUGGAGUAUCAUUAUUUAAGCUACAAACAAAUUUACAUAGGCAUAAUUACUCAGAACCUGAACCUGAAAAUAAACCUGUGCAGACUGGAACAGCAGUGUUCAUCAAGGAGCUGAAAUCUCGCCAUUUUCCAAGUGCGGAUGGAAUUGUGUUGCGUUUGCAUGGACACCAACUUACCAUUCCGUACUUGACACAACAUGGCUUUGAUGUGCCGAUAAUUAUUGAAGAGAAGGAGGGUUUGGAAAUGCUCCUGCCUCCUGAAAACUUCACAGUUCAGGAUGUGGAAAAUUAUAUUGGACCCGAUCGUGAGGUGGACGUUAUCGACGUGACACGACAGACUGACAUUCGGAUGAAACUUAAUGAAUUUGUUGAAUAUUAUUUAUCACCGCCAGAACAGAGAUCAAAGAUAUUAAAUGUAAUCAGUUUAGAGUUCUCCCACACUGGUCUUUCACAAAUGGUAGACGCCCCAUACAUUGCUCGUAAGCUGGACUGGGUGAAUUUUGUGUGGCCAAGUGACUUGCCAGAUGACACAGAGUUCAGAAAGCCAGAAGUUCAGAAGUACUGCCUCAUGGGAGUGGAAAAUUCGUACACAGAUUUCCACGUAGAUUUUGGAGGUUCUUCAGUGUGGUAUCAUAUAUUACGGGGACAGAAAAUCUUCUACCUCAUCAGACCUACCCAAGCAAACCUUUCAUUAUAUCAGCGGUGGAUGAAUUCCAGUACACAGAGUGAGACGUUCUUUGGAGAUCAGGUUGACAUGUGUUAUAAAUGUGUGAUGAAGGAAGGUGAGACAAUGCUGAUUCCGACCGGCUGGAUUCAUGCUGUUCUCACUCCGGUCGAUUCCCUUGUGUUUGGUGGAAACUUCUUGCACAGUUUGAACAUCAGUAUGCAGCUACAAAUAUACGAGAUUGAAAAGAAGAUACAUACUCCGGAGAAGUUCCAAUUUCCUGCAUUUGAGACAACAAACUGGUAUGCAGCUCGGUCCAUUGUAAAUGAUUUGAGAGAGAUGAAUAGCAUGGGCUUGAAGUGCCCUCUUACAUUGCUUCAUGGAGUUAAGGCUCUCAUCAUAACGUUGAAGCAGUGGAACCAAGACAAAGAUAUUAACAAGAUUCGACGAGAGGAAAUACCUAUCAGUAUUCAGAGUCAAAAGUUAUUGAAGGAUUUGAGCAAAGAAGUACGGCAUGCAGAGCGCUUUCUGAAUUCCCUGAAUCCACCAAAACCAGAAAGGGAAUCAAAAAGAAAGAAAAAGAAACCGAUAAAUAAAGAUUUUGUGGACUUCUCACAGGCUCAAAGCAUGGAGGAGCCAGUUAUAAUUAAAGAACCUCUGAAGCUGACAUUGAAAGCCUUCAGUAAGAACACAGCACCCAUUGCACCUCACCCCCCUCUGAAGUUAACACUGCCAAAACCAGCGACAUAUCCAUAUAGUACAAAUGCCAUUAGUGCAAAGAUCAACAGUUCCACUGAAGUUGACAGUGCGGUCCUUAGUGAGAACAAGUUGAUCAGACGGUCAAUAGACAAUCAUGUAAAGUUAAAGGAAGAAGAGGAUGAUAUUAAACUGUCUGUUUUUGGGGAACAGACGACAGGUUUUCUCAAAAGUGGAACUGUCGUGAGGUUUAAGCUUGGAGCCAAAGAUUCCAGUAGACAAACAAGUGACUCUGUAUAUGACUUUCAUGAUGAAAGUGACAAUGAUAGUCUAAUAAUAGAUGAGUUACCAAAGAAGCAGAGGCACGCAUUGGAAUCUUUCUCAUCACUUAAACUGCCGAGCCUCUAUUUAAAUGGCAGAUCUGAGCCAAAUUCGGAGCUGGAUGUAGCGGGUGAAGUGGAUGUUGUUUCAGACGCACCAAAGAAUGGAAUUGAAGAGUUGCUGAAAGCCUCUGGUUAUGCAGACCGUGGGGAACACAAUCCAAGAUUAGAAGACAUAGAUUCGGGCAGAGCUUCUCCAUCCACAAGGGAGGCUAUUGCAGGAGUCAGUUUUCAUAAUAGUUUUCGUAAUCGUAAUAUAUCGAAUGCGCGUAGUAUAAAAAAGAUCCAAUUUUCUGAUGACUAUGGAGAAAAUAUUGACAAAGUUCAUCAGGAUGAAGACUACAUUUAUCCAGCAUUAGAUGGUUCAGAUGAUGAAGAUCUAAUUUUCAAACCCAGAGGAAAACGGAAGCUGGAUGAAGCAUGGAAUCCGAAAGCACGUGUUGGUCCUCUAGUUCCAAAAACAGAUAGGCCAACAAGAGAGGGAACGAAGAAGCAGGCAGUGGAGAAGGGUCUUGAAGCUGCUGCCGCAAAACGUGCAGGAUUACCGUCCCCUAAGAGGCUGUACAACAGAAAGAAACCAAAAUUGCCUUCAGAGCCUCAGGCUUCGACUUCACCAAUGAAGAAGGUUGAUGUGAAAUUCCGAAAGCCCAAGAAAGGCAUGGCAACAGCUAAACAGCGUCUUGGGAAGAUCUUAAAAAUACACAAAAUGAAGUUCUAAAUUAAAUUAUAUAAUGUAUAUUUUUUAGUGAUGAAAUACACUACAAAUAGUAGAAAAGAGCAUAAUUACAGUCGGACAAAAGAAGCGGCGUAGAGUUCUGCAGGCAAUACGUGUGAAGAAUGGCCUGUUACAGUCAUAUAAUGCAGUGGGGAAAUUUUAUAAGAUGUUCAGAUGUGAAACGUUCGCAUUUCGAAAUGAAAAGUGAGGUUGUAAACUUCAUACGCAGUGUAAUACGUUGUUUAAAGAGAACAAUUUUUAUAAAGGGCCUUAUGAGAUUUGUAUUUGUAGGUGCACAUAAAUUUAUAAUUUAAAUUUAAAUUGUACUGUAGUUAUUGUUAUAAGCAAUACAAGGUCAUGUUAACUGUAAAAUGGGUACGGAAGAAUGGUCAGAUUUAACAGAACAGUUGAACGACUUGAUUCAAAGCCAACCUGUUUUUUGUGAAGCUGUUUUUAUUCUUUUAUUUUCUCUGUUAUCAGUUCUACUUUUCGAUAAAGUGAGAUGCAGAGUUUUGCUCUAUUUCCCCCUUUUUAAUCAAAGUGAGGCGUUAAGUCUUAUUGAGAUACUUUCCUUAAAUCGCCUUGUACUUUCGUACUUCUUGCAACUUUAAACAAAGGUAUAAGAACAUUCUGCUUUUGUACACAUUUUCUUGUAUACACUUACAGAUAUGUUGUUUUAUAUUUUUCAUAAGUGUGCCUUCAAGAAUGUAUUUUUGCAUGGUUGGCACUUUUUAAUUUGAUUUUUAACUUCAUUCUCUCCAGUGUUGUACAGUCGGAGAACUAAAACUUGAGUGAGUGUAGAUUUUAUACAAAGUAUUAUGUGUGCAAUGACCCAACCAAUCAAUGACUUUGUCCUAGUGCUCUGGACGGUGUUAGAAAGUGUAUUAUCAGAAUUCUAAAUUUCCUAUAGUAUUUAUUACGUGUUGUUAUGGUUUUGAGGUAAGUUACAAAAGAUCUUGGUGUUCAUGUUUUAUAAUGAGUAAAACUCUCCCAGAAUUAUUUUAUUUUCAUUCUUCAUGACCAAAAUGCUGAAUUUGAAGUAAUAUCUUGUAGGGUAUUUAAAAGAGAGUCAUGAUAAGGUAGGAAACAAAUGUUACAUUUGUUAAUUCCCUGGAACUGAUGUUUUUCCUCCCCCCAAAUUUGAAAUUUAACUAGAAGUCAAGUUUAUUAUGAUUUAGACUUCAAUGUAAGUGAACACGCCAUGUUUAUUUACCUUUUCGAAAAUAUUAUCUGAGCAGCAAUUAAUGACUACCACUCCCUUAUAUUUAGAUGCCAGUUAGUAUAUUUGCUGGGACCAACUUACAUGAUAAUUUUCAUGAUUUUCGUCAGUGUUUUCAUAUAGUUGCUCAUAUGAUGCCUUGAAAUAAGCGAUACUUGUCAUUUACAGUUAUUCGUGUACUUUACUUAACCUCACUUCUGUCACUGGAAUUAUUAUUGUAUCAGUUAAUUGGUUAUUCCUGUUCAGCCACUGUAUUUGUUAAUGUUUCGUAUAUUAUCGUGACAGCAUUUAUGUCCAAGAAUUGUUUACAAACAUUGUCACUUGUCCAAGAGUGUGGGUUUAUAAGUUUUACCCUCCACAAAUUAUGAUUUUGAACAUGGAUUCACAGUGCUUAGUGAUCCCUACCCAAAUAGUGAGAUUUGGUCAUAAAAUUUUGAAUAAAUGAAAAUAUUGCAGUUGUAAAUUUUUAUUAUUUGUAUAUAGGCUGGAUAAGUAACAGGUGUAAAAAUAUGGGUAGGUUCCUGUUGAUACCACCCGACUAUAGAUGUUUACUGCACUUCGGGUUUGUAGAAAUAAAUUUAAUUGUAAAUAGAAGAUUUCUGUCUUCUGGGUUGUUGUUGAAUAUUCACCGCCCUGAUGACGGAGGCAGUAUGACCUCUGAAACGUUGGUAAACAUCGACCAGACUACACAGCGCAACAACCCAGAAGACAGAAAUCUUCUUCAUACUCACCGCUGUGAAAACCUCAAAUCUUACAUAAUUGUAAAUAGUUAUAUGACAUUGAAAGACUGACACUUGAAAUUGUUAUACCAAACACUUAAACAGUACUUACGUUUGUAAUCUUAUGUUCAGAAUCAGCUGUUUUGCUAGCAGGAACUAGAUAACUGUUGCCUCGACUGGAAGUUCCAGUAGGUAAUAUUCCAACAUUUAAAAUUGUUUACAAAUAUAACUGUUGAUUUCCUGUCAGUUUAGUAACCAUUAUAUGUUGUGGAAAAAAUAUUGCUGAACCCGUAGUGUGACAGCCGCUUCCCCCCCCCCCCCUCAUCCCCUCAAAGUAUUUUGAAUUGUGUUUCCCGAGUACUUUUGUCAUUACAGGAAUUUGAAGCUGCUGUUUCUAGGAUUAAUAGCCACAAAAUGUUAUGUUCCAGCAAUUACUGAAUUUUUAACGUGUUCAUAAAAUGAGUGCUUACUUUUGUAAGGUGUGUGACAAAAUUAACGUCUUACAAUUUGAACAGUAGAAAGUACUGUUUUAAUGCUUGAUAUUUGUUUUGCACAUGAGCAGUCAGUAAUUUGUAUGGUCAUUUCUGUAUUUAUUCAGAUUUCUGACAAAUUUUAUUAAAUUAAAGGUAAUUAAACUUGUUA